CGUUGUGGGCCGUUGCCGCGAGACCACCGACGAGGGGCCAGGCGAGGAGGACGUAGAGGCAGAGUGUCAUGGCGGAGGCAGGGGCCAGCACUUGGCAAGCAAAUUGGCGUGCGAUUGGGAUUCGGCGACUUGGGUUCUCCUCGUUGCACCUUUGCAUGCGUUUCGGCCAUGGCCGUGGCCGUGCGAGGAGCAAGAGCAGGAGUGGCACGCGACUUGCAGACCCUGCUAGGGUCAAUGAGCGUGAGGUCCAUUUCGUCAUCGGCACCAUUGUUCAAGGACCAUUCCGCAGACGAUUCAUCCCUGAAGCACAAUCCCUUGAAGCAUCAUAAUUCGAAGUCUUCAUCAGCCAGCGACCUGACUGGUGAGGAGGAAAUCGUAAAACCUAAAGAGAGGAAGAAGUUGCUUGUGCUAGGAGGGAAUGGCUUCGUGGGUUCGCACGUGUGUAUGGAAGCCCUCGCCAGAGGAGUCCCUGUUGUGAGCCUCAACCGAACUGGCCGACCCAACACAUCCGACAGCAGCUGGACGAACAAUGUCGUGUGGGUUCGAGGUGAUUUAUUUGAUCCAUCUCGGUGGGAAGGUUCAUUAGACGAAGUGCAGUCAGUGAUUUCAUGUGUUGGAGGUUUUGGGACAAACGAGCAGAUGCGGCGCAUCAAUGGUGAGGCAAAUCGAAGUGCCGUUUGGGCUGCCUCGAAAGCGGGUGUAAAGAAAUUCGUAUACGUCUCCAUCGCGGACUUUGGCCUGCCCCCCUUCGUGUUGCCAGGCUACUUUGAGGGGAAGAAGAUGGCCGAGGACGCCGUGCGGUCAAAAUUCCCCUACUCUGGUGUAAUUCUGAGGCCAGGCUUCAUUUACGGGACACGAAAGUUUGGUGGCGUGAACUUACCCCUUGGCAUCAUAGGAACUCCUUUGGAAACCGUUAUGACGCAGGCAAAAGUUCUCUCUCAAAUUCCUCUUGUAGGUCCCCUGUUUGUACCUCCUGUGAAUGUCGAAGCCGUAGCAAAGGCCGCAGUUAAGGCUGCCCUUGGCCCUGUUCCCCCUGGAGUGAUGGAUGUGUGGAGUAUUAUACGACUUGGAAGCCACUGAAACGUUCGUAACAUUUGUAACCUAAUUUGUCUGAUUCUAUCAUUCCUAAAUCCUGUGGCUACCGGGCAAACUCUCACGAUUGGUACCACAACAAAGAAGCUGAAUUCGGAUGCCAUUGGUUCUACUUCUUUGCGCUGUAAAUUUGUAUCUUUGAAUUGGUAAAAUGAUAUUUCAUGAGUCGGCUAGUUGCUAUCUCUGGCCGAGAAAUAUCGAAAUUAUGCUACUGGGCAGUGCAAUUCAUGUUGCAAAUUUGUCAUGUGCUGCUGGAAAGGAUGCUUCCUCAGCAAAUGAAGGAACACAAUAUCUUUUGAUUUUGUUUGGAUGCCUCUCCCUACAAGAAACGUCUGUGUAACAUGAGGUCCUUCGGUAAUGUCGGGAGAUAACCUUCAGGGUAACGGCAAGCCUUUUCACAAAAUUUCAGCUGGCAGCUCAUGCAGCUGCUUUAUGUUGUGAGUACGAUGUUAAUUGAGCUUUUGAUUUUUCUUCAA